CUCUCAAAAGGCAUACGAGCUUGUCGAGCUUGUAGGGCUGUACCGCAGCGCAGACAACGCAAGAGGGCAGCCACGCCCACAACACGACCAUGGACGUCUCCCACGGCCGCUCCGCGCGCAUGUCUUUUGAUACCGCGCGCGAGAUGGCCAAGACCCUGACACCAGCCCAGGAGAUCGCGCACAUCGAGAACGAACUCCGGGCCCUGGGCUACACGAAGACGCACGAGGCCCGUCAAACAAAAGUGACGAUGAAAAACCCCCAGUACAACCCCUCGACCAAAACGCUCGAGGAAUUAAGACUGCAGCGGCGGACGGCCACGGGCGUGCUGCCCAAGUCCAUGGAGGAAACGAUGAUAGAGAAGGAGGUCCAGGAAGAUGGCAAAGUAUAUAGGAACGCGAGGGCUUGUACCGGUGGAGAUCUAAAAAUGAGGUAUCCCGGGCCUCAUGAUCGGCCGAAGAAGGAUGAUAUAAUACCACACUACGAGACACCUACCAAAACUAAACAUGUGAAGGGCUCUGGUAGAAGAGCUUCAGGGAAUAACGACGACGCGGAGUACUGGAGUGAUGACGGCGGGAGCUGGCAGCGGUCGAACAAAGAUAGUCCUGGGGCGCGGCGCGUCGGCAGGUCUCAAGGAAGCCCCGAGUCCAUCUCGAAAUCGUCCCUCAAAAAGUUCCAGUGGCGCCGGAAACGUCGAGAGUGGUCGGCCGAGCGCGGCGACGAGCGGGGCGACAACUGGCGCGGCUCGGACGCGUACGGCAACGACCCCGAUUUCAGUGGCGGGAAGUACCGGCGGGGCGGCGAGUACGCGAAGGACAUCGUCGGGUUCUAGGGCUAAGUUGGCAUUCCUCU